AUGGUCAAGAAGGUGGCUCCAGACAUAGCUACCUACACCAUCCUCAUCAGUUGCUGUUGCGGUGCGGGCUGCUUGAACCUCGGCUUCGCUGCAUUGGGCCAAAUCUUUAAGACGGGGCUGAGGGCAGAUGCCGGCAUCUUCACGCCCCUGCUCAGGACCCUCUGUGCUGAGAAGAGGACGAGUGAUGCGGUGAAUAUUGUGGUCAGGCGGAUGCCUGAGCUCGGCUGCACCCCCGAUGUCUUCUCCCACACCACACUUCUCAAAGGGCUAUGUGAUGAGAAGAAAUGUGAAGAGGCUGUCGAGCUGAUCCACAUGAUGGCUGAGGAUGACAACUGCCCACCUAAUGCAGUGUCCUAUACCACUGUAAUCGGUGGCUUCUUUAAAGAGGGUGAGAUACGGAAAGCUUACACCCUGUUUCGUGAAAUGCUCGAUCAUGGGAUCCCUCCAGAUGUUGUGACCUGCAAUUCAAUCAUUGAUGGCCUAUGCAAGGUUAAAGCAAUGGACAAGGCUGAGGAGGUCCUUCGGCAGAUGAUUGACGAACAUAUUAUGCCUAAUUGUACUACAUAUAACAGUCUGAUCCACGGAUACCUCUCUCUUGGACAGUGGAAAGAGGCAGUUAGAAUUCUCAAAGAAAUGUUCAGAGAUGGGCAACGACUUGAUGUUGUUACUUACAAUACGCUGAUAGACUGUCUCUGUAAAUCUGGAUUGCGCGCAGAAGCUAGAGAAAUAUUUAAUUCUAUGAUUCAGAGUGGCGAAAACCCCAAUGUCGCCACCUAUAGAAGUCUGCUUCAUGGGUAUGCUACCAAAGGAGAUCUUGUUGAAAUGAAUAAUCUUUUAGAUUUGAUGGUACAAAAUGGAAUGCAACCUGAUCAUCAUACCUUCAACAUACAGAUCCAUGCAUACUGUAAAUGCGGAAGGUUAGAUGAGGCAAUGCUUACUUUUAACAAAAUGCGGCAGCAAGGAUUGACACCAAACAUAGUCAGCUAUGGGACGAUAAUAGAUGGUCUUUGCAGGAUAGGCCGGCUGGACAAUGCAAUAGCACAUUUCUGCCAGAUGACUGAUCAUGGAUUGUCUCCCAACAUCAUAAUAUAUAGUACUCUAAUUCAUGGUUUUUCUAUGCACGGCAAAUGGGAGAAGGCUGAGGAACUAUUUUAUGAGAUGAUGGAUAGAGGCAUUCGUCCAACUGUCGUUGUCUUCACUGCAAUGAUAGACAAGCUAUUCAAAGAAGGAAAGGAUACGGAGGCCCAAAAACUCUUUGAUUUGAUGCCAAUUGCCAGUGUAAAACCUAAUGUGGUUUCCUACACUACAAUGAUUCAUGGAUAUUUCUUGGCCGGUAAACUGGACGAAGUGCUGAAGCUCCUUGAUGAUAUGCUCUCGGUUGGCUUGAAACCUGAUGCUGUUACCUUUAAUACUUUACUUGAUGGCAUGCUUUCUAUGGGCUUGAAACCCAAUGUUGCUACCUGUAACACUUUGAUUGAUAGCUACUGUGAAGAUGGUAGGAUAGAGGAUGUAUUGACUCUUUUCAGAGAAAUGUUGAGCAAGGCAGCUAAGACUGACACUGUCACGGAAAAUAUAAUUUCCUGA